AUGACAUUGGGCAGGAAUUUAAAACUUCUUCUUUGGAAGAAUUUCAUCUUGAAGAAGCGGAAGCCGCUGGUGACGAUGCUGGAGGUCCUGGCCCCGCUGCUCUUCUCCGUGAUCAUCAUGUACCUUCGCCUCAACAGCGUGCCCAGGGAAAGGCCUCCCAUGAGCUACCUCGCCCUCAACGUCAGCCUCUUGCCCGACUUCCUCCGCCUUGCGGCGCAGAGCACAUACCAGCUGGUCUACGUCCCUUCUCAGAGUGACACGCUGAAGGCUGUCACGGAAGCGGUGGCCAAGGCCUUUGAGGUCGAGUUUGAAGUUCUAGGCUACCCUUCAGUGCCUUUAUUUGAAAAUUACAUAAUCCAGGAUCCCAGGGCCUUCUACGUGUUGGCUGGAAUCGUGCUGGAUCACAGCUUCAACGACAGGCAGCAGCCCCUGCCGCUGGAGAUCAAGUACCGCCUGCGCUUCAGCUGCAUUCAGAGGAACUCCUUAACCUCGAAGCUGACGUCCUAUUACGAUACCCUGGAAGGCUGGGGCACGUCCCUCCUCUACCCUCGUAACCCCAGUCAAGCGCCGCGGGCCUUUGGACAGAUCGACGGGGGACUCCCUGGAUACAACCAGGAAGGCUUCCUGGCCAUACAGCAUGCCCUGGACAAGGCCAUCAUGCAGCACCAUGCCCACAAUGCGACCACCCGGAUGUUUGAGGACCUCACAGUGCUUGUGAAGAGAUUCCCCCAUGGAGCCCACAUCCAAGACAAGUUCUUGUUGAUCCUUCAGAAUGAGUUCCCUCUUUUGCUCAUGCUCAGCUUCAUCUGCAUCGAGCUCAUCAUCAUCAAUUCUAUUGCCCUGGAGAAAGAAAGAAAGAUGAAGGAGUACAUGUGCAUGAUGGGAGUGAACAACUGGCAACACUGGGCUGCCUGGUUCAUCAUGUUCUUCAUCUCGACCCUCGUUGUCAUCUCUUUCAUGACCAUCCUCUUCUGCAUAGAGGUGCAUGGUGUGGUGGUGUUCAGAAACAGUGACCCUAGCUUGAUAUUCGUUUUUCUACUGUGUUUUGCCACUGCCACGAUUUUAUUUGCAUUCAUGAUCAGCACAUUCUUCCAAAAAGCUCAUGUAGCAACCGCCGCCGGAGGCAUCAUCUUCUUCUUCACUUACCUUCCGUACCUGUACCUGACUUUCAGCUACCCCCAGAGGACCUACUUCCAAAAAGUGGCCUUUUGUCUCCUCUCCAACAUCGCCAUGGCGCUAGGAGUCCGGCUAAUCUCCUCCUUCGAGAUCAGAGGCACCGGCAUGCGGUGGAAGCACGUGGGCGGCCUGAGUGGGGAGUUUAACUUCUCCCACGUGCUGGUGAUGCUGGUCCUGGACUCCGUCCUGUACGGCCUGGUGGCCUGGUACGUGGAGGCCGUCCUCCCAGGGGAGUACGGCAUCCCCAAACCCUGGUACUUCUUUGUCAUGCCAUCCCACUGGCAGGGACGGUCUUCAUCCCUCACACGGUCAGUGCUGGACGUGGGGGACCCAGACAAAGCUUCGGAAAGCAAGUUCAUUCAGGAAGAGCCUACAGAUUUGGUGAAAGGGAUUGAAAUCCGACAGCUCUACAAGGUGUAUCAGAUGGGAAAGAGUAAGCACGUGGCAGUCAAAGGUCUGACCAUGAACCUGUACCAGGGGCAGAUCACCGUUCUGCUGGGACACAACGGGGCCGGCAAGACCACCACGUGCUGCAUGCUCACAGGUGUCCUUGCUCCUUCCAGCGGAUGGGUAUAUGUCAAUGGGUAUGAUAUUUCCUGCGAUGUGGCUCAGAUCCGGAAGAGCAUGGGCUGGUGCCCCCAGCACGAUAUCUUGUUCGAUAACUUCACAGUAGCAGAGCAUCUUUACUUCUAUGCUCGGCUGAAGGGCUUGUCCCACCACAAGUGCCCUGAAGAAGUCCAGCGGAUGCUGCACGUCCUCGGGCUGGAGGACAAGCGGGACACCCUGAGCAAGUUCCUGAGCGGGGGCACAAAGCGCAAGCUCUCCAUCGGCAUCGCCCUCAUAGCGGGCUCCAAGGUGCUGAUGCUGGACGAGCCCACCUCAGGCAUGGACGCCAUCUCCAGGAGGGCCAUCUGGGACCUCCUGCAGCAGCACAAGAGCGACCGCACCGUGCUGCUGACCACGCACUUCAUGGACGAGGCCGACCUGCUGGGGGACCGCGUGGCCAUCAUGGCCAAGGGGGAGGUGCAAUGCUGCGGGUCCUCGCUGUUCCUCAAGCAGAAGUAUGGUGCUGGAUAUUAUAUGACUUUGGUGAAGAAACCUCAUUGUAGCACAGAAAAGAUUUCUCAUCUGAUUUAUCAGCACAUACCAAAUGCAGUUUUGCAGUCCAGCACUGGAGAAGAAUUAACAUUUAUUCUUCCUAAAAAGAACAUCCACAGGUUCGCAUGUCUCUUCACGGAGCUGGAGCGGCGGCAGGUGGAGCUGGGGGUUGCCAGCUUUGGGGCGGCAGUCACCACCAUGGAGGAGGUGUUCGUCCGGGUGAACAAGUUGUCAGACACCAGCACAGAUAUCCAAGCCCUCAAGACCUCCUUGAUGCAGUCCCAACUGAGAAUCCCUAUCAGCAGGAUUAAACGCAUUCACUCCAGGAUCUUCUCAUUACGGUCUGGCCUGCCAAUCCAUAUGAACACGGGGCUCAGCCUCAUCUGCCAACAGUUCUAUGCCAUGCUUCUGAAAAAGAUCACGUACUCUUGGCGCAACUGGAUGAUGAUGCUAACGGUGCAGGUCCUGGUGCCUCUGGCGAUCACCGUCUUCAGCCUUGCCUUCCUCAACUUGGAAACGCGUCUGGAUGAUGUCCCACUGGAAUUGACCCUAAAAACAUACGGUCAAACCAUCGUCCCAUUCUAUAUCUCCCCCAAUUCCAGGCUGAAUCCUCAGCUUUCGGAAUAUUUUACAGACAUGCUCGUGGCGGAGGAGCAGAUCCCUCUGGAGACUCCAACCUUGGUGGAGGACCUCCUCCUGAAAAGGGCAGAGGAGGAGCCCGAGAGCUUCAAUAACAGAUACAUCGUGGCCGCUUCCUUUGAGGACUCGGGGAACCGCACGACGGUGACGGCGUUGUUCAACAACCAGGCCUACCACUCCCCUGCCGUGGCGCUGGCGCUGGUGGACAACGUCCUCUUCAAGCUGCUCUCAGGAGCCCGGGCUUCAAUCACUGCCGUCAACCACCCUCAACCUCAGUCGGCCGUGGAGGCCCUGGAGGAUAUCUUGUACCAGGGCCCCAAAGGACACUAUCUUGUCAUCCACUUGCUUUUUGGAAUAGCUUUCCUGUCCAGCUCCUUUUCCAUCCUGACAGUCAAAGAGAGAGCCACGAGGGCCAAGCACAUCCAGCUCACCAGCGGUGUCUAUGUGGCCACGUUCUGGCUCUCCGCUCUGCUGUGGGACCUCAUCACCUCCCUCGUCCCCAGUCUGCUGCUGCUGGUGGUGUUUCUGCACUACAAGGAAGAGGCCUUUACACACAAGGACAAUAUCCCGGCCGUUAUCUUGGUGCUAAUGCUCUACAGCUGGGCCAGCAUCCCCUUCAUCUACCUGACCAGCUUCUGCUUUCAGUACGAAGGUAGUGCUUUCAUCAAGCUCAUCAUCAUACUCACCUUCUUGAGCAUUGGCCCCUUUAUUCUCGUCUCAGUCACAAGUGAAAAAGAGCUUGGCUACACAACAGUGUCAGACUCCCUGGACCAUACGUUCCUAUUGCUUCCUGGCCACUGCUUGGGAAUGGCUUUAUUCAACCUAUACUACAACCACGGAAUGCAGAAGUUAUGCAAAAUCAAGAACCUGAGCCAGUAUGAGUGUAAUGAAAUUUCAGAGGGAUUCACGGUCCAGGAGAGCAUCUAUGCCUGGGAGUCCCUUGGGAUGGGGAAGUACCUGACGGCCCUGGCCAUCCUGGGCUCCGUCUACCUCAUCCUCCUCUUCCUCAUUGAAACCAACAUCUUAUGGGAGCUGAAAGCCAGGUUUUCCACCUGCAACAAGAAGCGAGAACUGGUGAAGCAGGUAACGUCGCCCGAUGCACCUUCUGAGCCCCUAGAGCAGGACGUGGGACAGGAGGCAACAAUGGUGGCGACGUAUUUGAAAAAGUUGCGUCAGGAAAACCCACUGGUUCUUCACAAAGUGUCAAAGGUCUACGCCACCAAGGUGCCCCUGCUGGCCGUGAACAAGGUGUCCUUCACCGUGCAAGCAGGGGAGUGCUUUGGUCUUCUUGGCCUCAACGGAGCCGGGAAGACGUCCAUCUUCAAAAUGCUGACUGGGGACGAGCCCAUCACCUCUGGGGAUGCCUUUCUCCGAGGGCUCAGCAUCCGCUCUCACAUCAGGGAGGUGCGCCAGUCGGUGGGCUACUGCCCCCAGCUUGACACCCUGCUCAACUACAUGACCGGCCGGGAGACGCUGGUCAUGUUUGCCCGGAUCCGGGGCAUCCCCGAGCGCCACAUCAGCGCCUGCGUGGAACAGGUCCUCGAUGACUUACUCAUGUACACUUUCGCAAACACGCUGGUGAGGAAGUACAGUGGCGGCAACAAGCGGAAGCUGAGCACUGGCAUUGCCCUGCUUGGGGAGCCUUCGGUCAUCUUCCUGGACGAGCCAUCCACCGGCAUGGACCCCGUGGCCCGGCGCCUGCUCUGGGACACUGUGGCACGGGCCCGCGAGUCAGGCAAGGCCAUCGUCAUCACCUCCCACAGCAUGGAGGAAUGUGAGGCCUUGUGCACCCGGCUGGCCAUCAUGGUGGAGGGGCAGUUCAAGUGCCUGGGCAGCCCACAGCACCUCAAGAGCAAGUUUGGCAGCGGCUACUCGCUGCGGGCCAAGGUCCGGAGCGACGGGCAGCAGGAGGCGCUAGAGGAGUUCAAGGCGUUUGUGAACCUGACCUUCCCGGGCAGCGUCCUGGAAGAUGAGCACCAGGGGAUGGUCCAUUACCACCUGCCCGGGGCUGACCUCAGCUGGGCCAAGGUGUUUGGCAUUCUGGAGCAAGCCAAGACGAAGUUCAUGCUGGACGACUACUCUGUGAACCAAGUCUCCUUGGAGGACAUUUUCCUGAGCUUCACCGGCUCUAUGCCCCUCACCAAAGAAGAAAACAAGCACAAGCCAGCAGAGGAUUCCGCCGCGGCCUCCUCUGCCCGGCGUUUCCCCCGUGGGGUCGUGCCGGCCCGAGGGACGCCGUGCUCGGUGUGGCUGGCGGCAGCCGGGGGGCCGGCGGGCACGUCCUGCGGACGCACGGCGAGCCAGGUUCGCGUCCCUGAGGGUCCCGCGCCCCGGUCCACGGGCGGCUGCGCGCGCGGCCUCGGGGUGAGCGCCAGGCUCCGGGGCGCGCGGCAGAACCGCCCGGCCCACGCGCGCACACGCCCCCUCCGGCCCGGCCGCGCAAGCUCCCCGGGCGCCCCGCCCCAUUACCGCCCUGGCCGGGGAGGCGGGGCGGCCGCGCGGGCCCCACCAAUCAGCCGCCGGCGUUCGAAUUCGCGUCCCGGCGAGGCCAAUGGCGAGCGCCCGGAGCGGCGGGUGGGCGGGGCGGCGGCCGGGGCCGGGCGGCUCUGGGGCGCGCUCCCCCCGCGGCCGGCCAAUGGGAGGGCCCGGCGCAUUUGA